AUGGCUCGCCGUGUUGCUGUGAUCGGAGCCGGGUGCUCUGGACUGACUUGUAUAAAGUGUUGUUUGGAUGAAGGUCUGGAGCCAGUGUGCUUUGAGAGCAGUGAUGACAUUGGAGGACUCUGGAGGUUUAAGGAGACACCAGAGGCUGAACGCUCCAGCAUGUACCGCUCACUGGUUGUAAAUACCUCAAAAGAGAUGAUGUGCUUUAGUGAUUUCCCCAUUCCAGCACAUUACCCAAACUACAUGCACCACUCUAAGCUGAUGAACUACUUACGGUUGUAUGCUGAGCACUUUGAUCUGCUCAAGUACAUUCACUUCCAGACAACAGUGCUCAGUGUGAGACAGGGGCAUGACUUCUCUCACACAGGGGAGUGGGAGGUGGAGAUUGAGAACAGAGAUGGACACAAAGAAAAACAGGUGUUUAAUGGGGUGCUUGUAUGUUCGGGAAUCUUCACACACCCUGUUACACCCCUCUCUGCGUUUCCUGGAAUAGACACAUUCCCAGGGAAGUUCUGCCACAGUUGGGAAUAUAAGGAUUCAAAUUCAUUCCAGGGGAAGAGGGUGGUGGUAAUUGGCAAUGGCAACUCUGCUGGAGAUAUUGCUGUGGAGAUCAGCAGAGUGGCAGAAAGAACUUUUCUGAGCAUGCGUGAAGGAAAAUGGGUUGUAAGCCGUUCAUCAACCGGUGGCCUGCCUUUCGACAUGAACACUUUGACACGUCUAAACAACCUCCUACUUCGAGUGCUUCCUAAAUCUCUGCUUAAAUGGGCACUGGAGAGAUUUUACAAUCAGAAUUAUAACCACAGAUUGUAUGGACUGCAGCCAAGACACAGGAUACUUAACCAACUACACAUUGUUAAUGACGACCUACCAGGACGCAUCCUUCAGGGGGCAGUGCAGCUAAAACCAAACCUGCAAGAGUUCCAAGGUUCGAAUGUUGUAUUUGAUGACCAGGUGAUCGAAGAUGGAAUCGAUGCAGUUGUCUUCUGUACAGGAUACAAGCCAAGCUUCCCGUUUUUACUACAAUCGAAGAUCAUCAAUCCUGACGAAGAAAUUAGCCUUUACAAAAGAGUCUUCCCUCUGUACCUUGAGCACCCCUCACUGGCCUUCGUAGGGUUUCUCAAUCCAACAGGACCUUUAAUGCCCAUAAUGGAAAUGCAGGCACGAUGGGCCACUCGAGUCUUUUCAGGUUUAAACCAUCUUCCUCCUGUAUCAGAAAUGCAAAAGAUCACUAAGAAAACCUGGAAAGCAAAUAUGAAAAGAUACUCUUGUGCAAAGACAGAUGCUUUGCUGGUGGACUUUAUCCCUUACUUGGAUUCCAUUGCACAGGAAAUCGGUGUGCGUCCCAACCUUUUUUGGCUGUUCUUGACUGAUCCUGGUUUGGGUUUCAGGGUUCUGUUCGGUCCCUGCACGCCGUACCAGUUUCGGCUGUGUGGACCAGGAAAGUGGGCAGGGGCUCGACAGGCUAUUUUCAGCCAAUGGGAGCGUGUAGCCGAGCCAUUUAAGACACGCCCCAUUCAGGAGCACAAAUCGUAA